UAUUACUUCUCGUUUUGAUUUCAAAGAGAUUCAAGAGAAGGUGUCUUUUCACUUGAGACCUUGGCAUCGCUCAUUUCAAUUCUGGGUGCGAGCUGCUGAUAUUUAUACGGGCUACAAGGUGUUUCAAGUUAGAGUGAGUUUUGUGAAGGAUGUGCAAAAGCAAGAGGCAAUGUGGGAAAGACAGCAUGAACUUGCUGCUGACAAGAUUUAUGCUAUGUGUUCUGACCUUGGUUGCUCAAAUUAUUGGGAAGCCAGACCUAGCCCCCGCGGCAUGGGUGAAAAAACUUGUUACUUUGUGUGAUCAAGCUCCAGCGACACCAUUUGAUGCUGUUCAACUUGUUUUAGAGAAGGAGUUGGGUCGAAGCAUUGGUGAGACUUUUGAAAAGUUUGAUGUAAAUCCUCUUGGUUCAGCUUCAAUUGCUCAGGUUCAUCGAGCAAGACUCAGAGGUGAAAAGAAUGAUAUUGUUGUUAAGGUGCAACAUCCAGGAGUCCAAGAACUGAUGAUGACAGACAUCUGUAACUUGCAAGCAUUUGCAUUGUACAUGCAAAGGACAGAUAUCAAAUUUGAUCUGUAUUCUGUUACCAAGGAAAUGGAAAAACAGAUUGGGUAUGAAUUCGACUUUGUAAGAGAAGCCAAUGCUAUGGAGAGAAUUAGCCAUUUCUUAUAUGAGAACAACAAAAAGACCCCAGUUCUGGUUCCAAGAGUGCUACAGGAUUUCAUCACAAGGAGGGUCUUAGUGAUGGAAUAUAUUGAUGGAAUCCCUAUCUUGAAUCUUGGUGAUGAAAUGGCUAAAAGAGGAAUAAAUCCUGGUGGUAGGAUGGCAGCAGCCGCAAAGCAGAACAUACUUAAGAGUUUGACACUAGCAUAUGGACAGAUGAUACUAAAGAGUGGUUUCUUCCAUGCGGAUCCCCAUCCUGGGAAUAUAUUGAUCUGUAAAGGAUCAGAGGUUGCCUUACUGGACUAUGGGCAAGCGAAGGAUCUGCCUGACCAGUUGAGGCUAGGAUAUGCUAAGUUGGUUCUUGCCAUGGCUGAUAAUGAUCCUGUAAAAGCAACAGAAAGCUAUAGGGAACUUGGCAUAGAUACUGUAAGCAAUUGUGAGAAUGAACAACAGGAACUGCUUCGCUUGGCACAGACAAUGUUCGAUACGAAACUACCUCCUGGAGUGGUGAUGCUGCAACCAUUCUCAGAAGAUUCUUCAAUAAAAAAAGUUGGUGUACGGUCUUUUCCAGAGGAACUUUUUUCUAUUCUUCGUACAGUACAUCUUCUGAGAGGACUUAGUGUUGGUCUUGGAAUCAACUACUCGUGUGCAGAACAGUGGAGGCCUAUUGCAGAAGAGGCUUUGUAUAAGGCUGGAAGGUUAAAAGGUGCGAAUCAAAAGACUAAAGUUCAUAAGCGGGGUUUGUUUAGAAGAUUUUUCUGGAGAGAUUGAUUGGCUUGAAGAAGAGGUAGGCUUAAAUCAGUCUAUAACUGUUUGCUGUAUGUAUACUUCAAGCUUGUUUGUAGACUGAUCAACAAUUUCCUCUUUUGAUGUGGAAAUUUGAUUCAUUCAUAGAAGAUACAUUUGUGAUUUUUACAAGCUCCUUAGUGGUAAUUUGUAUGCAGCAAGCAAAUUGCUUUGACAUACAACAAUUCUCCAACAAUUCAGAACCCAUUUCCUCUCUUCAACAAGUAGGGAAGUGGAUAAAGCAGCAGCAACAUACAUAUGUACCUUCAAAGCAUGUAAAUUGGGAAAGAUUUUACUCUUCCCCAUAGUUAGAUAUCCCAGUCCUUAAAGCAAACCAAUCCUCAGCCCCAUUUAACUAAACAAUCAGCCGAACCAGAAUCGGAAGCAAUCGGCCGAACUGGAAUCGGAAUCUUAGGAAGAAAUAGGGUAUUCAUUGGUUGCAGAUGCAUUGAAAAUGAUCUUCUUUAUUGUCAGCCAUUUGGGUAGAAUUUUAACUUUUUUUUUUUUACUAAAAGCAAAAGCUUAAGGAGUGAUUUAAGGACCCAUGUUCGCAUUUAGGGUUGUAUUGUAUACAAAUUAAUUCAUUGAAAUUAGUGGAUGAUACAAACUAAAAACGGCAUGAAAUUUU